AUGGAGCCGCAAACACAGCUACCAACCUCCCAAAGGGCCAUCAUACAGGCCAAGGAGCCCCCUGGCUCUUUGAUGCUGUGCGAAGAUCGCGCAAUCCCAGACCUCCUACCCAGGCAGGUUCUUGUGAAGACUGCCGCCGUUGCAUUGAAUCCCUGUGACUGGAAAAUGCCAACGAAUUUCCCGUGUCCAGGGGCAGGGAAUGGCUCAGACUACGCAGGAACCAUUGUCGCGAUAGGGCCGGGUGUUCCGCCGCGAUUCAAAAUCGGCGACCGCGUUGCUGGCGCAGUACACGCUUCAAACCCCUUGGACCCUGCAUCUGGCGCAUUUGCGGAGUACGUCCCAGGAUAUGUGGAUCAUAUGUGGAAAAUCCCCGACAGCCUUUCCAUGGAGGAAGCGACGGCUAUCGGCUGGUGCGUUGUUGGGAGCGUCGGAUUAGCCCUAUACCAUACGAUGAAGGUACCCGGGACUCCCGAGCAACCUGUGGAAAAACCAACCUACGCAAUGGUAUACGGGUCAAGAUCUGGGUUCAGAGUCAUCACGACCUGCUCUCCAAAGAACUUUGCGUUGGUCGAAUCAUAUGGUGCAGAGAAAGCGUUCGAUUACAACUCAUCGACCUGCGCCGAAGACAUUCGUACAUAUACCAAAAACUCCCUUCGGUAUGUUAUAGAUAUCAUCACGGAAGCAAGGUCAAUCAAGCUGUGUUACGCUGCUAUCGGUCGCACUGGAGGCCGCUAUGUCGGCUUCGAACUCAUCCCGGAUGAAUUGAUUGCGAGUCUGAGAAAGGCUGUCAAGGCCGACUGGGUGCUCGGCAUCAGGAUGACCGGUCUAGAGAUUGCCCUUCCGAAUGGGUACGGCAGUGCUCCGAAUCCCGAGUUACGCGAAUGGGGCAGCGGGUUUAGUCAACGCAUGCAGGCCCUGAUCCAUGCUAAUAAGAUCAGGCCUCAUCGACCCAAGAUUAAUCCGGGCGGGCUUGAUGGCAUAAUUGAAGGAAUCGAGAAGAUGAGACGUCGGGAGAUCUCCGGAGAGAAGAUGGUAUAUGUUAUUAACCCUGAUAUUUCUUAG